CCCCCGAUUAGACCGAUCGAGAGCGCGCUUUGGUGGCAAGCCAGGCUCAUGGUGAUGAUGUCAGUUUCCCGUGCCUUGCCAUUCAGCUCCUUAAUUCCAGUUUCUGUUGCUGUUCGAGCAUUACUCCGAAAGUGUGGCUCGUCUGUGCGCUUCGGCUCGCCAUGUCCGAGGAUGACGAAGUGGAUUUAAACUACCCUGACAGUGUGAAUGCCCACAGUAAUGGCGCGUACAUCCCCCCCUCGGGUGUGUGCUGGAUUUCAGUCCUGUCCUGUCUGCUGCUGGCGUGCUCCUAUGUAGGGAGCCUGUACGUGUGGAGGAGCGAUUUACCAAGGGAUCACCCUGCUGUGAUUAAGAGGAGGUUCACCAGUGUUCUCAUCGUCUCCACACUCUCGCCUCUCUUCGUCUGGGCAUGGAAGGAGUUCACAGGCAUCCGAUCCAGUCAGUCGCUGCUAGCUCUCAUGGGUAUCCGUGUGGAGGGCCUCUUCGCCGCAGCCACCCUGCCCCUCCUCCUCACCAUGGUGCUGUUUUUGGGGCCGCUGAUCCAGCUCGGCAUGGACUGCCCCUGGGACUUCAUCGACGGGCUCAAGGUUGGGUUUGACCCGCGGUUCUGGCUGCUCUGCCUGUCUGAUAUGCGCUGGCUGCGGAACCAGGUGGUGGCUCCUCUGACGGAGGAGCUGGUGUUCCGUGCCUGCAUGCUGCCCAUGCUGGCUCCCUGCGCUGGGCUGAGCCGGGCCAUCUUCACCUGCCCACUCUUCUUCGGAGUCGCUCACUUCCACCAUGUCAUCGAACUGCUGCGAUUCAAACAGGGGACCGUAGGGGGCAUCAUCCUGUCCGCAGUGUUUCAGUUCUCGUACACGGCUGUGUUUGGGACAUACACAGCUUUCAUCUUCGUCCGGACAGGCCACCUGAUGGGGCCGGUGCUGUGCCACUCGUUCUGUAACUACAUGGGCUUCCCUGCCCUGAGCGCCGCGCUGGAGCACCCCCAGAGAGCCCCCAUCAUGACCUGCUACCUGCUGGGCGUGCUGUUCUUCCUGCUGCUGCUCUUCCCCAUGACGGAGCCUGUGUUCUACGGGAGCGUGCCACUGUGCAGCCUCGCUAGGACAGCCCAUGGGGGUGCCUCGCUGUGCUCCUGACCCCUGCCACUGAACAAUCCCCCCGCCUCCCCCAGGACAGCGCAGCAGCUUCCUCUAUUCAGCAUGUAUUCAUGCCUGUGAGGGUUAGGUAUGCAGCACUGCUUCCCAGUGUGAGUCCCUAAUGAUUUUCCUCCACUCCUCACCCACGUCUCAGAUCGCCAGUUUCAUUUCUAGACGGUAGAUGUUUUGUCUGACAACAGCAAUGCAAGGAUGGGAAUUAGACUUCCACUGCAGCCCCAUUCUUUGAUUACGGAUGUGAACCAAGGCUUCAGCAAUUCAAUCAACAUUAUCACUGCCCCCUUUCUUCUGUUGAAGAUGUUUUGGCUGCUUGUAUACUGUAUUGGGGCAGCAGUUUGAUUGUGGAGCUGCCACUGGAUUUGGUUUCUCACACUGUCCAGCUACAAGAAUUCAAUUGCUUCUAUUUUAAAAUGGAUGAUAAUAUUUUAACAAUUCUUUGCAGGAUGCAUCACUUUACACAACGAGAGUAUAUAUAGUUAAAUAACCUUUUUGUAUUCAAUGCUAGAGUGAAUAUUAAUCUAGCAUUCUCUAUCUGUCUGUCUGUCUAUAUACCACAAGUGUGCAGACAUCAUGUAUCAAAUACCUUUCAUAUUGAAUCUAUCUGUCUCUAGAUGCACAUCAAACAAGUGGUAAGACCUGAUUCUGUAGUUCAAAACUAACAGUGCAUAUCCCCAGACACUUAGAUCUGCACAUAUAUCUAGAGAACAGCGCAACCAAUAGUAGGGUAACUUGCUUAGGGCAUUCUUUAGCAUUACUUUAAGUGGGCUUCUUUACAAUACUGUGGUAUUUUACAAUAAACUCUGUACACCCUCUCCCCUUAUUACCUACUGCUGGCUUGCACUCGGGAUCUAAGCCAUGUACUGCACAAUCUCAUGUGCACAAUCCAAGUCAUCUUAAACGAUGCACACUGUGUGAUAAAAUGUAUUACUUGCCAUGAGGGCGUAUUCACACGUACAGUAAAUAAAUAUAACCAAAUCUAUCUCAACCUGCAGAAAGCCAAACCCUAAUCUUUGAGUCAAAGUAAGAAUAAGCAUCACCUAGAACCUUUAUAAUGAAGUCUGUUACUUGGACAGCAACACUGUGUAGUGUUCAGACUGUAUUACGUUCCCUUGACUCUCCACUGCUUCACCUUAUCCUGCGACUCUCCACUGCUUCACCUUAUCCUGUGACUAUCCACUGCUUCACCUUAUCCUGUGACUCUCCACUGCUUCACCUUAUCCUGUGACUCUCCACUGCUUCACCUUAUCCCGUGACUCUCCACUGCUUCACCUUAUCCCGUGACUCUCCACUGCUUCACCUUAUCCCGUGACUCUCCACUGCUUCACCUUAUCCUGCGACUCUCCACUGCUUCACCUUAUCCUGCGACUCUCCACUGCUUCACCUUAUCCUGCGACUCUCCACUGCUUCACCUUAUCCUGCGACUCUCCACUGCUUCACCUUAUCCUGCGACUCUCCACUGCUUCACCUUAUCCUGCGACUCUCCACUGCUUCACCUUAUCCCGUGACCCUCCACUGCUUCUGAAAUUCAAUGACAAAUGCUUCCACUAGAAGACUUAUCAAUGUCUUCAAAUGUUGGAUCUCUCAUGGCAUUAUUUUAUUUUAUUUUCCAUUUAUUUUAUUGUCAAUGAGACAAAUUAGAGACUCUGAGACACUAGCGCCAUCUAGUGCACAACACCUAGUGUUUUUAGCAAAACAAAAAGAUUGCUCACUCUGGCACUGGCUCUUCUAUAAAAGGUUUGCCUCAGAGUCAAAGCAGCUUCACAGUAUUUUAUUGACCAUUCUCUGAGACCUGAAUGACCCACUACUCGCAGAGGGAGGGGAACCACUGGAAGAGCACAGAGAGACACAGAUAGAACGGAUUGCAGAACCGGUCUAGUGGAAGGAAUACAAUCCUCUUCAAGGGCCAGAGGCUGAAUGGGCAUUUUCAAACUCACCUAUUUUCACACCAUUGAAUUUUGUAUAUCUAGAAUACCGAGAUGUUUAUAUAUUGAGAUCUAUAUUUUCUACUAAGAGUUAUUUUGGUGACGAGAGUGUAUUAUUCAACAGAAAUAUUAAUAAAGAAUACAACUGCAUGCUUUAUUAACUGUUUAAAACAGAUUUUAUGACAAUCUUACUGGAUGUAAAGACAUUUUCAUGAAAAAAUUGGAAUUUGGAUAAUAAAUUAUGUAAUUUUUACGAAUUUAAAUGUUGAUUUGUGCUUACUAUUAGUGUGUGUUUGCUUUAAACUAAAUUUGAGGUUUAAGUGUUUACCUGUAUGGGUGUGUGAUUAAUUGUAUUUGUUUGAAGUCUGUCUAACACUGGGUUUUUAGGUAAUGAAAUAAUUCUAUAAAUCUUUCCUGUCAUAGACUUUCAUCUGCCAGGUGUUGAAAUGUAAGUUUUGCAUGUUCUAGGAAAUGUAUCACUUGUUUCAAUUGGAACGACAAAUCUGUGUAGAAUCAACAUCCUCAACCAGGCGCUCAGUGUGAAUAAUCAGAUACCAGGCUGGUGCUCUUUCUGGGAGGGGUUUCAUCACUUCCCCCUUCAUCUGAAGGACCAGACUCUGUAAGACUCCACUUUGGGCAAUCCAGCGUGCCUGGAAGUUAGCAGCACACUGGAGAGCAUGUGGGCGGGGUCAUUAGUCAUUUCUAGCAAAACCGUCACCCGAGUAUCAGUGCAUACUUUA